UUUGUUGAUCAACUAGUUAAAUGGUUCACUGUUUUGCUGAACAAGAGAAGAUAAGAGAAAAGAAAGGGAAAAAUAGGCAGUACAGUCCAGGGGAGUGAGAGUUUUCAAGUUUUCUGAUGCGGGGUCUCUGGUUAGUAGUUGGUUUUUUUGUAGGAAAAAUAAGAGAAACAGGGUUUUAGCUUGUUGUUGCAGAGAAGAUGUUUGGUUAUGAUAGGGAAAGAGCCGUUUUAAGUCUAGUGUUAGCUGACGUGGAAAAUCAUUCCACGUGGCAUAAAUACGUAUGCAGAAGUAGCCACCCACCCAGGACUCCGGGAGUACUAGAGUUUUUUCGUUGGCUGGGUAGCUUUAGCUUUUCUCUCCCUGCCUACCAUUUACGACUCUUUUCGCUGAUAUUUCCAAGCAAAGCCAGUUUAAGGUGCAGAAACGCAGCUUCUCUUCUGUUGACAUCAAGAAACGACUUGCAAAGUAGUUUUCAUCUCGCCAUUUUUAUUUUGUAGUUCGAUUUGAGUUUCGUUUGCACUAUUUUUAUUGCAGAACCAUACAUUUUCUGUUGGUUUUAUGUGUAUACUCCUUAAAUUAUACACAUAAUACACAAGCCUACCCCCCCAACAACCCCCAAAAAAAAAAAAAAAAAAAUUUAGAUUUAGAUUUCUGGUUUUUGAGGUUUGUCCCUCAUUUCACUUUGUUAUUAGCACCAUACAAGGAAGCACUAGGUACGUAUUACAUUCUCCUUUCUUUGUUUUCAUUUUCUUCUUUUUUUAUAUUUAAGUUUCACUUUUUAUUUUUAUUCUUUAUUAUUCUCCUUUGAACUUAUGGCUUUAAAUUUGCAUAUGAUUAACAAGUAAGCAUGGAGGCUAUUAUUUCGAUUGUGUCAGAACUUGGUCAAUACAUGGUUUCACCAGUACUUCAUCAUCUGGGUUAUCUCUUCCGCUACAAGAAAAACAUUGACGAGCUCAGAAACGAAAUUAGGCGUUUGAAAUAUGUGAAAGACAGGCUGCAGCAUGCUGUUGAUGAUGCUACAAUGAAAGGCGAUGAAAUUGAAGUUGAAGUUCAAACUUGGCUGACUAAGGUAUGUGGAAUCUGUGAAGAGACAGAGAAAUACCUUGAACAUGAAGGUCAAGCAAAUACCAAGUGUUCAUCAAUUGGGUCGUUUCCGAAUCUGGCUUUAAGGCAUCGAAUAAGUAGGAAAGCCAAAAAGAUGAAGGAAGCUAUUUUUAGUGAAAUUCAAAAUGGGAACAGAUUUGAUAAGGUCUCUUACCGCCCUGUUUUGGAGAGAAUUGUCGAUGUCAAAGGCUAUGAGGCCUUUGAAACGAGAACCCCCAUUUUAAGGGAAAUUAUGGAGGCUCUAAAAGAUCCUAAUGUCAGCAUGGUUGGGUUGUUUGGAAUGGGUGGUGUGGGUAAAACUAUGCUGGCCAAAGAAGUUGCUAGACGAACAAAGGAAGAAAAUGUGUUCACUCAUGUGGUUGUGGCUACUGUGUCUCAAACCCCAAAUUAUAAGAAGUUUCAACUAGAAAUUGGAGACAGGUUAGGUUUAGAAUUUACAGAAAAAUGUUUAUCUGCAAGAGGAGAUCGACUUCGACAUAGGUUGAGGCCAGAAAAGAAGAUGCUCAUAAUUGUAGAUGAUGUUUGGGAGAAACUUGACUUGCAUGAUGUUGGAAUAUCUUUUGGGGAUGAUCAGAAGGGAUGCAAGAUAUUGCUGACCUCUAGGUUUCAAGAUGUUUUAUGCAAUGAUAUGGGUGUUGAAAAGAAUUUCAAGAUAGAACUUCUAUCAGAAGAUGAAGCACGGAGUUUGUUUGGCAAAAUUGUGGGUGACUUUGUUAAAAAUUUUGACCUUCAACCUUUGGCAACUCAAAUUGUUAGAGAAUGUGCUUGCUUGCCAAUUGCAAUCACCACGGUUGCAAAUGCGUUGAAGAAUAAAAGUUAUCCUGUUUGGAAGGAUGCGUUGCAAGAACUAAAAAUGUCCAACCCUACUAAUAUCAAGGGGAUGCAUGCAAAUGUGUACUCAACUAUCAAGUUGAGCUAUAACUUCUUAGGUAGUGAAGAGGCAAAAUCAUUGCUGUUGCUUUGCAGUUUACAUGAAGAAGAUGCAAACAUAACUCUUAACUACUUAGUAAAAUAUGGUGUUGGUUUGGGCAUGUUUCAAGGUAUCACGAAAUUAGAAGAGGCAAGGAACAGGGUGCUUACGCUGUUCGAAAGUCUUAAAAGUUCUUGCCUGUUAUUGGACGGUGAUUAUGCCGAUACAGUUAAAAUGCAUGACGUUGUUCGUGAUGUUAUCACAUCAAUUGGUUCGAAAGAAAGACAAAUAUAUAAUAUAGGAAGUGUUGCUGAGAUAAAUGAAUGCCUGAAGAAGAAAAAGCUCAAGGAGUCCUAUGCAAUUUCUCUACUAUCCACUAAUGUUGAUAAACUUCCUGAUCGGAUGGAAUGUCCACUGCUUGAGUUCUUUUUUAUCAAUUCCAUAAAUCAAUCUUUGGAAAUCCCAGAUAACUUUUUUCAAGAAACAAAAGAGCUUCAAGUUUUAGAUUUGACUUUUCUAUGUUUUGAACGACUGCCAUCAUCUUUAUGUUUCCUUCAAAAUCUCCAAACAUUGUGUUUGUUUCAGUGUAAACUGGGAGAUAUAAGUCUCUUGGGAGAGCUAAAGAAUUUAGAAAUUCUUGACCUUUCAAGGACUAAUAUCAAGCAAUUACCCGAACAAAUAGGUCAACUCACUAAUCUAAGGCUGUUAGAUUUGAGAUGUUGCUACGAUCUUGAAGUGAUUCAACCCAACAUCAUAUCGAACUUGCAAAGAUUAGAAGAGCUGAAUAUGAAAGCAAGCUUUACAAAAUGGGAAAUUGAAGGAGUGAAUGCUGAACAAAGUAAUGCCAAUAUUAGGGAACUAAAGCACUUGUCUCAUUUGACAACUUUAUAUAUGCAUAUACCACAUGUUAACAUUGUGCCAGAAGACUUGUUUAGUGAAAAACUGGAGAGAUUUAAUAUACUAGUUGGAGAUGUAUUUUGGUAUGAUAAGCAUGGAAGAUCAAAUCCAAGGACGAUGUUGAAAUUGAAGCUCAACAAAAGUUGUCUAUUAGACAAGCACGGUCUCAAAUUAUUGCUGGAAAGGUCUGAAGAGUUGUAUUUAGAUGGUAUAGAGGGUGUCAACAAUGUUGUUUAUGAGUUACAUAAGGAAGGUUUUCCACGGUUGAAACAUCUUGAAUUUGAAAAUAAUACUGAGAUUCGCUACAUUCUUCAACCAAUGGAAGAGAUUGUUCUUUGCAGUGCCUUUCCAAGUUUGGAGUCAUUGUAUCUGAACAAAUUGAUAGUCUUGGAAAACAUAUUCCAUGGAAAACUCACAGCAGGGUCUUUUGGAAAAUUAAAAAGUAUCACAGUUAUCAAGUGUGAUAGGCUGAAAAGUAUCUUCUCAUUGCCCAUCGUUAAACAGCUUGAAGAAAUUGAGGUGAGUGAAUGCAAAAUCAUGCAGGAGAUAGUCACGUGUGGAAAUGAACAUGAAGCUCACAGCGCUAAUAAUGUAGCUGAUGAUGUGAUUGUAUUCACACAGUUACACUCCCUUAUAUUGCAAUCUCUACCCAAUCUUAUUCAGUUCUUUCAAUCUGAAAGCAGAGAAGGACAUUUGUUUGCAAAUGUUUCUAUGCCUCUUUUCAAUGGGAAGAUUCAGUUCCCCAACUUGGAAGUCUUGGAACUGUUCUCACUUAGUUUUACAAAAAUUUGGAACGAUCAAUUUCCAGAAAGGUUUUACACCAAUAAAUUAACGAGAUUGACUGUGCAGAGCUGUGGUAAGCUAAAGAAUCUAAUAUCAUAUUCUAUUUGUAAAAGCCUUGUUCAUUUGAAAAACCUAGAGGUAAGUGACUGUGACAUAAUUAAAGAGGUCAUAGGAACUCAAGAAUCUGGAGACAAAGGAAAGUUAGAAAAUAUAUGUCUCCCGAAUCUAGAGUCUCUUAUACUUUUGAACCUUCCGAACCUCAACAGAUUUUGUUCAGGAAAUUGCAUUGAAUGUCCAUCCUUGUUGAAACUGAGGAUAGAAAAUUGUUGUAAACUAAGGACAUUCAUAUCCAAUUCUACUGAUGAACCUGAAGAAAUGGACUCGCCGGCUAAACUACCACUCUUUAAUGACAAGGUUAUCUUGGCUAAUUUAGAAGAAUUGACAGUAGAUUGGGGUGAAGUCAUGAGUGAGAUAUGGCACGGCCAAUCUCCAGCGGCCUCAUUUUGCAAGCUAAAGGUUCUGCAUUUGAGUUGUUCUCGAUAUAAACCAGUUGUCUUCUCCAUUGAACAUAUUUAUAGAUUGCAGAAUCUUGAGAAUCUUUGUUUGAGUGGUGUUCUUUUGAAAGAGAUUUACUGUCAUAAAGGGCUUGGUGCUGGACCUGCUGGUAUACCAAUAUGCUUAAGUGCAUUGAAGUUGUCCAGACUUCCUAAUCUGUUGCAUCUGCUGACAGAAGAAGUUCAAAAGGACAAGGCCUUUCGAAACUUGAGAAUUCUAGAUGUAAUAAGAUGUGGAAGAUUAAAGAGCUUAGUUCCCUCCUCAAUGUCCUUCCAGUAUUUGACAGCUCUGAGAGUAUCAGAAUGCCAUGCAUUGAAAAACUUGCUUGCUUUAUCAACAGCUACAAGUUUAUCACAACUCACAAGGUUAAGCAUAACAGACUGCAAGGGAAUUAUUGAAAUAGUUGCAAAUGAAGGAGGUGACACAAAUGCUGAGAUUGUGUUUGACAACUUGAAGAUUUUGGCUCUCCACCAUUUACCUAGUCUAACAAGCUUUUACUCUGGAAACAGUAGCCUGAAAUUUCCAUGCUUGGAAAAAGUAGUUGUGAGUCAGUGCCCUGAGAUGCGGAGUUUCUCUUGUGGAAUUAUAGACAGCAGGAAGGUCAAUUCAAUAGUUAUAGAAAUAGAGAAAGAAUGGAUAUGGGAACAUGAAAAUAUAGAAUGGUAUUCUGAACCAGAAAAUAUAGAAUGGUAUUUUGAAUACAUUGAAUAUGAUAAACCAAUAAAGCAGCUUUGGGAGGGUGAUAUCAAUGCAACUGUGCACAAGCUAUGGGAGGAUCAUCAUCCAGUUACUGCAUUGCAACGAUUGUUUACUGAAGCGGAUGUCCAGAAUUAUGAAGAGGAGGCCUGCAGCUCAUCCUUUGAAUGUAGAAUCUAGAAGGUAGACUCUGUUUCUAUGCGUAGCAAAUUAAGAAAAAGCUUUACAAUUUCAAUCCAUAUAGACCAUGGACUUGAUACUAUAUGGUUGUCUUUCCGCAGGACCACAUCAAUGAUUAUUUUGUUUUAUGCAAAUAUUUGCGUUUAUUGAUAUUUUAAUUGGUUUACACAUUUACUAAUAUGUAAAGAAAAUUAAAGAGAACUUGAAAUAGUAGGAUAUUUAUAGUGAUAACACUAUGAAUAACAGUUUGUACCAUUCUUUUUUUUAAUAGCAACUAAAGUGAUAUUAAUUUGUUA